AUGGCUUUACCUAAAACACUUCAACCGAGUCUCACACCUGAUGAACUCACAUUCUUAGCAGAGGAAGAAGAGAUAUCUAUCGUUCCAUUAUUCUCAAUGACCCGUAUCCGACUUUUAUCCGGCAUAUACGGUUCGUUCCAACCACCUUCAUCAUCAAAAGUACCUCUCUGGCUCGCUAUAUCUUUGAAAAGGAAAAGAAAAUGUCGGAUAGUUCCUCCUAUCUGGUUAAACGAAGAAACGCUACAGACUUUGUUGAAGAACGAAAAGGAGAAAGGGGAAGAGUUUGGGAGAUUACCAGGUAGAAGAUUUGUUGAAGUUUCAAAGGUUCUUUUAGAUGUAGCACCGGAUGAUCUUGCUCAACCUGCAUUACUCAGAUCUUUGUUGAAAGAUUUGAGAGAAGUCCGUCAAGCUAAAAUCCGAUUAGGUCUUCAAUCAGAAGGUGUAAUGCAGGGAUCUUAUCUCCAAGUGAGUACAUUUAUCCUUCUUGAUUCGAUACACUCCCGAUCUCAAGCAUCCAAUCCUUGA